UGAAAAGUUCGUCCAAAACGCAUUUGACUGGCUUCCGAUGUUCGAAAAAAGAGGGGAAAUGUGUCAGUGUCCGGACGUGUGAGAGGGUGUAUUUUGACUGGGAAAAGGACCCCUUAUCGUGUGAAAAUCCACAAGAAUGCCAUCGAAGAAGAAGAAAUACAAUGCCAGAUUUCCUCCAGGGAGGAUCAAGAAGAUCAUGCAGACGGACGAGGAGGUGGGAAAAGUCGCCCAGGCUGUGCCAAUCAUAAUUUCUAGGACAUUGGAGCUGUUUGUGGAAUCCCUCCUCACCAAGACAGUGCGCAUCACGAACGCCCGUCACGCCAAGACGCUGUCACCGUCGCACAUGAAGCAGUGCAUUAUGUCUGAGAGUCGCUUCGACUUCCUGCGAGAGCUGGUGAAGAAUGUGCCGGACAUCAGUGUGGCCGAGGAGGUGGAAAGUCCACCGCCGGCGGCCACGGAAGAUGCCACAAACGGCGGGAGUGCACGGAACGGGCGGCCAGAAAGAGGCGCAGAAUCGUGGCUGCGGAGCUACGGCCGCCCAGUGUCCAUGGACUUCUCGCAAAUGGGCCGGAAGAGCCUCGAGACGGAUGGAAAGUGUCUCACACCAAACAUUGUGUACCCUGGCAGUGAGAGUCAGUCGGUGAUCAAGUACACAGCCUCGAGACUACCCAGGGACGCUCAAGGUUCUUCCCGCCUGCCCAAAAUGCCCCGCCUUGACUGCCAGAGCGCCCCGCCGCGCUCCGGCGACGCCUCCGUCUUCAGCUUCGACGUGCGACAGAAGUUGCCCAGCCCGCUGGUCACGUCCACCGUCACGUCGGCCAGCGACGUGAGCAGUGUGUCCGCGCCUCCGCCCGUCCUCAAGAUCGACAUCUGCAACACGCCCGUGGUGAAGAUCGACUACAGCUACUUGCCGCUGAGCGGGGCCCCUGCGGCGCCACCGGCCUCUGAGCUGGACGAGGAUUACGACAACAUCUGAGGGCGCGCCGCGGGAGUCUCUCUUUCUCUGCUGUCCUUCCCAGCUCUCCGGCCGCCCGAAUGGUACAAACACAGACUCUUGAGUUGCUCAUCGCAUUGAAAUUAGUUCUUCUCCACAUUGAUCAGUCUUUCCGGG